AUGCCGCGCUACUUUCUCCGCGGCUCACUCGAGCACCCCUCCUUCCGACUGCCCGAAAUCCAUGCCAUUGCGGAGCUCUUCGGCUUCGAGGUGCGCGUGAUCUCCGAGGCGCCGGAGAAGGGCAUCCUGAUUGUUGAUGUCGACAGCGAGGAGCACAUCGAGCGUCUUCUCGACCGCGGCAUCCUCGUCUUCUUCGCGUGUGAGCUGUACGCUCACGCGCAUACGUACGAGGAGCUGCAGGCUGCCAUGCGUGAGCGCGCGGCUGAGGGCAUCUUCGAGCCGCACAUGGACAAGAGCUGGAAGAUUGCCGUCGAGUGUGUCAAUAAUCACGCUACGGACCGGCGGUCGCUCGACGUCAUCAACAGCUUUGGGUGGAUCGGAUUGCGUGGCAAGAUCAACCUCAGGAAGCCUCAGUGCGAGCUUGUCGUGCUUGAGGACUACAAGUAUGUCACGAUCCACACGAAGGAGGCGCGUCUUGACCGCGACGGACAGUUCCAGGAGGUGUACUUUGGCCGCCGAGUGGGCUUCUCGCGGGCACGCCCACUCAUUAAUGCGCACGAGGUCAAGUCCCGCGCAUUCUUCGGCAACACAAGCAUGGAGAGCGAGAUGGGUCUCCUGAUGGCAGGACAGGCUUGUCCCGCUCCUGGCAGGAUCAUGUACGACCCGUUCGUCGGCACCGGCUCGUGCCUGUAUGGUGUCGCACACUGGGGUUCGCUGGUCAUCGGGUCAGACAUCGAUGCGCGCCAGUUCCGCGGCAAAGAGAAGGGCAAGGACAUUGUCCCUGGCAUUAUGCGCAGCGCUAAGCAAUACGGCAUUGACCAGCGCUUCCUCGACAACAUGUGCUUUGACAUCACAAAUGGACCAUGGCGCCGCGGCGGUGUGCUCGACGCGAUUAUCACCGACCCUCCUUAUGGUGUGCGGGCCGGUGCGAAGCGUCUUGGCAAGGCGUCGACCCGCAAGCGCAACGUUCUUCGUGACGAGCCGUUCCUCAUGCCCGAUGGGACGUAUGCCCACCAAAACCCUGACUACGUCCCUCCUUCGAAACCGUACGAGCUAGUCGACCUGACCAAGGAUCUCGUUCAGCUUGCGCGGUACCUGCUUGUUCCUGGAGGACGCCUCGUCUUUUUCCUCCCAACCGUGACGGAUGAGUACGACGAGGUGGACAUCCCCGUCGUCGAGGGCAUGAAGGAGCUCAAGUGGGGCGAGGGUAGCGUACAGAGCUUUGGACGUUGGGGCAGGAGGCUCAUCACCAUGGUUAAGACGGCCGAGGACGACGGGCCGCGCCCCACGUUCGGUGACCACAGCGAUCUGCUUGCCGAGAAGGAGCCAGGGCACCACCGAUUCGCACAAAAGUACUUCAAGAGCUCUCGCGGAGGCAGCGAGGCAACGUCUGUGACUGGAGCUGCGACACCCGUGCCGGAAGGCGAGGUCGAUGUUGAUGUCGUGACGGAGGGUGUGGAGAAGGUGCAGGUGUGA